CCUCAUAAUCAUGGCCGGCCGGAUCGCUCGCUCCAUCAAAACAGGUGUCGCUCAGACCUUCGACUCGGCCCAUCAGGUGAUCGCCUGGCGUGCGUCCGACUAUCACUUCUUCCUUCCUGUCCCGCUUGCGUCCGCUCAUACUCACCAUAGUCAAGACGGUUGUUGCAGACAACCGUCAUCUCCGCAAUCAAGUCGGCCACCUCGAGCGUAGCAUUGACAUUCUCGAGGACGGGAUUCGGCUACUUCGCGACCAGCUCGAAACAAGCGAGAAGGAGGGUGCCAAGCGCUAUACCGACAUUGUUCACCUCGAGCACGAACUCAUGACUCUCAAGCUCAGCUGGGACAACAUGGCGCAGCGACUUGCAGCUGCUAACCAAAGGGAAGCGGCUGGAGGCGCAGCAAGUGAACUGUAUCAGUGCAAACGGCAGAUGGAGGAGGAACAGCGGCAGCAUGACAUGGCCCUGAGGAUUGCCCAGUACGAGAGCCAGGCCGUGCACGACGCUUGCCUGGAGGAGAUUAGCCGCCGCGUCGAAACGAUCGAGCAGAGCGAAGUCACGAUCGCUCGUCUGCGCCGGCUGAUCUCCGAGCAGCAGGACCAGAUCGCAAGGCUGAAGGAAGCGCUUGAUCGCGCGUCGCAAGAGCAAAGGAUUUCAUCCCUGCAACUAUCCAACUUCCCACAGAACUUAGUCGCCGGCCAGCCGCCCCCUACCCCAGACGCAGAGUCGCUUCCUCUGCCUUAUGGUGCCGAUGCAGGUGCAUACGAGGAGAGCCAGACCGUCGAGUCACGCCCCAGCGCUCAGCGUCCGUCUGAAGUCUUCGGAACGCAGACUACGCCGAACGACAACGACGGAACUGAGGAUUACGCUGAUGGCGUGCUGUUCGACGACGGGCUCAUUCCGUCGGAAUCUUGCGAAGCAAACAGCCAUCCGACUCACAACUAGGAACCCUAUGUUCCUCGGCAAAUGUAGGUAGUGAUUAAGCAACCAUGAGCGUGUCGUCAAUGGCUCGCCCAUACACAGUUCGUGAUGACAUCGCCCAAGGUGAAGUAUUAGUACUGCAGAUACGUCUCUCCCACCCCCGCCGGCUCCCCACCCCGUCUCUUCCGCUCUAUCGGUUCCUUGGUUCAUUUCCUGCCAGUGACGAGCGCGUCGCAUGGCACGACUUGGACAUUGAUUGAACUUUGUGUUGUUGUACUCUGCUCAUAUGCUACAUAGACUCAC